AUGCCAAGAUCAAAAAAUUUGAUGAAUCAAUCAAUCGAUUGGCAUACCGUAAAAGUGGAGUUGAGAAUAGAAUGGAGUCCUGAAGCGGUACCGGAAGAGAUCAAUAUGAGGAGAUGGAAGCAACAAAUGGCAUCGAUGGAUGAGAGGUCGGUCAGAGUGAACGGUUGGCGCCAAAACAUUGGAAGUUCCCAGGAGUGGACACGCCCACUGACAUAA